AUGUAUUAUCAGCAACGCUUCCACUGUCAACAUAAAAGAUGCUGUCUGGUUGAUUUAUGCAAACGAAUAACGAAUAAGAACACCCAGUGUUUAGAUAAAAAGUUGACUAAUGGUGCAAUCACCUUUCAUCUUAUUAUCGAUAAAAGUUCACGAGCGAAAUUUCAAAAAAUUGCGAAAAAUUGGCAUCUGAAUAAAGUGAAAUUCGAGUUCUAUGAUUAUGAAGCUUAUUCGAGUAAAUUUAACUGGAUUUUAUCACACCCUCCUGCAGAUAUUAAAUCCUGCACAAAGUUGUUACUACCGGAGAUUUUACCAAGAUACGUUAAACAGGUUAUUUCUCUUGAUGUCGAUCUAAUGUUGAACGCAGAUAUCAAUGAAUUAUGGAACCGUUUCAUGUACUUCAGAGGUUCUCAAAUGAUAGGUUUGGCAAUAGAGCAGAAUCCUUAUUUUGAGAGUGUAAUGAACAGUUUAAUUAAAAACUGGAAAGGAUACGGAUACAAUACUGGUGUUAUUUUGCUGGACUUGGCUAAACUGCGUUCCAUACCAUGGAAUCAUUUAUGGAUGAGUGCUACAAAAUUUAUUAUGAGAAAUAUCGGCUAUUUAACAACUGCAGAACAAGUUGGUAGAGUUUUUAGAAUUUAG